AUGUUUGUGUCCACGGAGUUGGAAAGUCAGGUGCAAAUCCUGGAGGGAGAUGUUGAGACGUGGACACAGAUCAUUGCUGAGUAUGGUAAGCUGAGAUCCAGGUUCCCCGGUGUUCGGAUUGUCAUUCUGGGGGAUGCCAACAUUCAUUUGCAAUACCUGGUGCAGCAUGACGACCGGUGCAGUUGCUUGCACUGUGUGCAGAAGGCCACUGACAGAAAGAUUGAAGCUGAUCUUCAUAGAGCAGGCCUUUUUGCCUUCAAUCCCCCUCACCCUACGCAUCAGUCUGGACAUAUCAUUGAUUUGUGUUUUGCUGAAGCAAGUCACCCCAUUGAUGUGGUUGUGGAGCCCUCUGAUAUAGGUCUCUCGGAUCACAAGCUCAUAUGGGCAGACUGCGCUAUUCGACUGCAGUUUUCGUUCCAGCAGUCGGUGGGGCGAGUAAUGUGGGCACGCCCGGGCCUUUGGGAACAUGUGUUCUGUCAAGCCCUUCCAGCGUUGGAAGCGCUGCGUAAUGCUAUAGAGGAGGCCACAGAAGAAAUCUUCGAAGCGCGUUCUCUGCAAGUUAAGCGCAGGAGGGCAAUUCUAGAUGCUGCUGCUUGGGCAAGGGAUGCAAUCGUUUGUCUUCUGGGCCACUGUUUCUCUCUCACCGUAGUGAGGGGUGCACGCUGUACGCAUCCAGGUGCUGGCCAUAAGUGGCCUGAGUCUGUUCCACGCCCAGAAGAUUUUGAUGAUUUUGAUUCCUACAAGUUGGCAAUGGCAGAUUUCAACAUCGGCAUAAGGGAAGGUGUGUUUGAGAAGUUUGUUUCCCUUCGUAACUGUGACCCAAAUGAGGCGAAAAGGUUUCUCUCGGCCUGUGUCAAGAGUAACAAAGGCUUUCAAGUUGCCCUUACAGAUGAGGAAACUGGUCAGCUAUUGUCCACGCAGCAGGCCCUACAAGCGCUUGCAGAUGAUUUGGAAGCACGCGCAGAUGUCAGCCCAGCGCAGGAUAGCUUUGAGCACUGCUGGGUCCGCGAGGCGGUUCGCAGCAUUAAGCAAGCGAAGGCACCGGCAGCAGGACUCCCUGGCCUGCCACCCUUACCGCAGGAAACGACAGCCAACAACCCUCACCUUUACACUUCUUCUGAGCUGGAGCAAGCUUUGUCCUCUAUUCAGACUCGCAAGCAAUGUAUUCAUGGUCCGCUGGCUGCAGUUAAAGCUUCGGUACCUGAAGCCCGUGAGCUUACAUUGGCCUUAGUCAAUCUUGCAAGGGCUGCUGAAGUUACGGCUACCAGUUGGUGUUUUCGACGAAUCAAUCCUCUCCGCAAGUCUGGGCCACGUGUAGUCAGAAAGCUGCGUUGCCUUAGGCCCAUAAGCCUAACGGCAGAUAUGGCCGCUGUGCAGGAUGCCUUAUGGCUAGCGAGAUGUAAGCGGCAAUUGGAUGCUUUUACAAACCUGAGACAGCUGGGUGGCAAAAUGGACACCAUCUUGGUCAUCCUAGCGGUAAUUCUUCACGUGCAGAUCAGGCAUUACCAGGGCGUUGACACCUACUUGCUUUUCUCUGACAUUCAACAGGCUUUUGACACCGCAAGUCAUGAUGGCAUGCUUUUUUCAGUGUAUCUGGCAGGGGUGGUUGAGGUGGAGUGGCGUCUGCUGAGCGAUUUUCUUGCAAUGGACACCGCGAAUAUCAUGCUGGCAGGACUCUUGUCUCAGGUCUUGACGCUUCGGGCGGGCAUCCCGCAGGGUCGGAAAUUCAGCGUCCAGGUCUUUACGGCUCUGCUUAAGCAUUUUGGAGAGGUUUUGCUCACCGAGUGCUCCCCGUCGCAGUCCUUGCUACCGGAUUUUGCUGCCGAUGCCAUUUCAGGGUUGUGGGCGGCAUUGUCCCCUGCACCAAAUGAUACCUUGUUGAGUGGGUUGGGUGAGCAGCCAAGCUUGCAGCAAGUAGCUGCGGCUGUCGCUCAAGCACCAUCGCCGACAGAAGCGCGUAGACUUGCAAUUCAUUUGCUUUCAAUGCAAAGUACCUGA